AUGUGGGCAUCGCUGAAUGGAUACGAGGUGAUAGUGCAGAUGAUACUGGACCACGGAGCCGAAGUCAAUACUGCUCUCUACGAUACUGCUCUACAGGCUGCCUGUGCUAGAGGACACCUAAGCAUUGUUCGAAUGUUACUGGGGCACGGUGCCGAAAUCAAUGCUAAAGGUGACCAGUAUGGCAAUGUUCUACAGAUAGCUUGCACUAAUGGUUAUGAUGAGAUAGUGCAGAUGCUACUGGACCACAGAGCCGAUGUCAAUACCCAGGUUAAUCUCUAUGGCAAUGACCUACAUACUGCGUGCGCCGAAGGCCAUGAUAGAAUUGUGCAGAUACUGCUAGAUCAUGGAGCCAACAUCAACGAUCGGAACAGCGAGAGUGUCGACGCCUUGCAGUUGGCUUGUACAUGGGGAUACGAUAUUAUCGUGCAGAUGUUACUGGAGCACGGAGCUGAAGUUAGUGCUCCAGGUAGCAAGUUCAGCAAUGCACUGGAAGUGGCUUGUUCUGGAGGACAUAUUGGAAUUGUACGUAUGCUGCUGGAAUACGGGGCUGGAUAG